AACGAGGCGGACAGAACACUCAUCUACGUGACCCUCUACAUCUCUGAGUGCUUGAAAAAGCUGCAGAAGUGUAACUCCAAAGGCCAAGGAGAGAAAGAAAUGUACACACUAGGAAUCACGAACUUCCCAAUCCCUGGGGAGCCUGGCUUUCCGCUUAAUGCCAUUUACGCCAAACCUGCCAACAAGCAGGAGGAAG